ACAUUAAUGAGGAAAAAAAUGAACUUAAACGAUUUUAGCAAAUGGCUGCAAUAUAACAAUGAGUGAAAAAUUUAAGGGGUUCUGAAUACUUUCCGUACCCACUGUAAGCUUUGCCUCAUAGUAAUGAAUAUUAGUAUCAAGUGUUGAACAUUGUACAUAACUGACUAAAUUGACAGUUUUUUGGCAGUUGAUAAACUUAUAUCAAAAACUUUACUGUCAUUGGGUGAUUGCUAGAAAAAAUGGUAGUUUAAUUACUGGGGAUCUCGUGAUGGGCGUCCCAACUUCUGCCAACUGGAACACUGCGGCCGUGCUUCAUCGACAAGCACUGUAUCCUUGACAGUCCACUGAUGACACAUUUGUUUCUUGGCAACUGGUAGUUUAUCCUCAGCGGGGGGCUCUACAGGUCAGGCAUUCGGUGGAUGGAUGGUCAUUAGACGGGAACUCUGAAGGCAUUGUUAUAUGCAGUUUUUCAGUAUGCACGGUGAGUAUUAUUGCUCUUCGAUUUGAUGUUUGCUUCAAAAUCAAUCAAAUUGUGAUAUAAACAGAUGUUUCUUUUCUUCUGCCUAGCUCUCUUUAUUUUUGUGGUGUUCCAGUGCAUACACGAGGCAUGGUUUCAGUCCUGUAUAUACACAGAUACAGACUAUGUUUGCAAGGAGAUACCAAAAGAUUAUCCUGCUGGCUUGACCUCUGUGAUUAUCUUUGUGAGUGGUUUAGGAGAAAUCAGUUUAUCCAUGUUUAACAGCACAAACCUGACCUCUGUGAACAGUCUGACUAUGGCACACCAAGGUGUCACAGCAAUAGAACCGCAAACCUUUGAUAAGUUUCAAAGCCUCAAAACUCUCAAUUUGCAUGAUAAUCAUCUUUCCCAAGUCUCGUCAGACUGGUUUAGCCAUCACGCUGCACUUGAGACACUCAGACUGUCAAAUAAUAAAAUCACUACACUGAAUCAUAAUUCUCUUGAUGGGCUGUCAAACCUGCUCAUGCUAGAUCUGUCUCAGAACCAGAUUCACACCAUAACCCAGAGUAGUUUUCUCAGUCUCAGUAAACUGAGGCAGUUAGAUCUGUCCAACAAUCAACUGACACAUUUGAGUGCAGAUUUGUUUCUUCCACUUAACGGCACACAGAUCCGUUUGGAUGGAAAUCCCUGGGACUGCUCCUGCUCUGUGAAGGACUUUGCCAAAUACCUGAGAGGUCUGCAGAAUGCCUCUUUGCUGGAGAAUGAGAUGUCGGUGUGCUGUUACAGCCCACCUGCUCUGAAAGGUGAGCCAGUAUGGCAGGUACCAGAGUGUGAAACCCUCACAACCACGGGCCCUACCACUACGAGUCAUACCAAUGCAAGCCUUACCACUGGAAGUCCUGCCACUGUAAUUAUAACCAAACCUCUCACAAUUGGACACUCAACUUUAAUAAUUUUAAUUGUGGUACUGUGUGCCCUGGUACUUGUCAUUUGUGUCCUCUCAGUACUGUACCACAGGAAACGAGAAAGGAAACAUCUACAGGCUGUAAAACCUUCUUCAGAAAAAUCUGAGAUUAUACAGGCUAGUAACACAACUGCAAAGAGCUACGGAGAAGAAAACAAAAAAGUAAAAUCUGAAGUUGCUAAUAAAACGCAAAUUGCCACAAGAGAGGUCUUACUGAGGACAAACCAGAUGGUGGUUGGAGACGAGAGGAUAUCACAGAUUUACCAUAUUUAUUCAUCAGGGAAAUAUGAAACUAGAGAACCCAUUAAACGUGUAAGCUCCGCUGGGCCAAUCCUCUGCAGGACAGAAAUGUUUGCUAAACAGACCGAAGCAGAAGCGGCCACUGAGGAAGUUGGGGUGAGAAAUGAUGAGUAUUACAAUGGAUGGAUGACCUCUGAAAAACAAGACGACAAUCUGAAUAUUGAGGAGGUGGAGAAAUUGGAAGAUGGAAAAAACAUUGCAAACGAAGAGAAUGAUGGAUUCACUGAGUUCAGUAACACCACAGACACCCUGGAAUCACACAUGGAAGGCCUUCAAGAGGAAAAUGAAGAUACUGGUACUGAUAAGAGUGUUAAAGCCGGAACAAGUGUAGACAAAGAUGUUCCUCAGAAUGUUGUGGAGAUUGACAUGGUGGAAGACCUGAAUGAGUUGACCGUUGGAGCAGGAAGCAGUCAAGAUAUUCUCCAGGUAAAGCAUGUGACAUCCCAGGCUGAGGAGACUGCUGAGAAACUGCCUUACCUCACGAUUGGUGCUGAUCCGGAAAACCAGACCUCUGUGGUCGAUCAGAACACUGCUAAAGGUACAUCUGGACCUUUAAGACCCAUUCGGCGGGUACUGACCUGGCCUCCGACUGCGGUCCAGUGGAAGAAGCAGUGGGCUCAAAAUCAACAAGUCCUUAACGUGUUCCCCAAACUAAUAUUUGUAACUGGUUGCAGGCAUGAAAUCAGACCAUUUCAUCCCAGGAUUUCUCCUGCGACCCUCCCAACCGCCCCACAGUUCAAUGCACUGGAGUUUCUGCCAGAAAUCGCAGCCCCAAUGGAAGAUGUCAGAGUCGCUAUUGAUGAGGACACUUACAGGGCAAGUCUUGAGUCACCCACUCAAAAAGUCCAGCAUUUCACUGCACAAGAACACUUCACUAACGCUAAUAUAUCACUGAGGGAGGAUGGCAGAAUUAUUACAAAUGAGGAAACAUGGAGGUCAGGUCUUGAGUCGACCAUCUUCUCCGACUUAUCUUCUAAGAACUCGCCUAUCGAAGAAAGUGAGGUCUGCUCUGAAUUGUUCAGUAUUUUUAAUCCAUCAUUUGGUGGCACCAAGUCAAAGCCUGCUGUUGGAGAGGAGAUAAUCAACAAAGAUUACAUGGAGGAAAUGCAGAGCGUAAAGAAAAAGACACACCGAGAUCAACAGAGUGAGCAGGUUGCAUCAGAAUUGCAAAAGCAGUCCAGGAGAGUGAAGAAGGCGGUACCAAGAGCUGAUAGAGAUCAGCGGCGGGGUCAGGUGUGUAAUGGCUCUGACUCAAGAGCGCCCCCUUCAGGAGGUUCUCCAAAAGAUGACAGCUUGUUGCUGGGGAAUGAGUACACCUUUAUAGACCUGCUACAUGAGGUGGUGGAAAAUCAUGGGCGCUGGACCCGAGACCGAUGGAGACAAACACAAAAAAACAAACACAAGCUCAAACAAAGUCGUUAGGUGCUGGAAAUAUGUAUAAGGUAUAUAAAUGAUUGAUUUCACAAUUUUUUUCCCCCCCUAAGUGUAUCUGGUGUCUGUGCCACAAUUGUAAAAAUAAGUACAUUUAUAUUUAAAAAAAAUGACAAAUAUGAUCCUAAAGUAAUAAUGUUCUUCAGCUCUGUAGGCGAAACCUGCAAAACAAAAAUACUGUAAGAUAUUGUAUGUAAAACAUUUCAACUGCUACAGUAUUGUACAGACUUAUACACACAUUUGGAAAUUUUUACUGCAUUAUUAAAUGUAAAGUAACAUUUGUCAAACCUGGUUUAUACUGUGAUUCUAUACAUCAAUAGUCAUAAUAUCCAU